GCGCCCACGGACUCCUUCAACCAUUCAAUGCUCCACCCAAGUCUCCUUUCUGUGUUCCCAUUCCCACCCCCCACCUGCUCUUCUCUCUCUUUUCCCCCACCUUCCUCCCUUCCCUACCCUCCCCCUCUCCCACUCUUGCCUUGCUCCUACUCAUCCUCUCAGAAAGAGGAGGAGACCGAGAUGAAGCGCUUGGGAGGGGCGCUUAAGAACCGGUUCCGGCUGGAGGUGCUCCGAUCGGACGCUGAGCAACAGGGGUUUGUCGGCGCCGGCGAGGUGGGAUGGGCGGUGGAGCCGAGCGCGCUUUUUGGAGAGGAUUUCUCCGUCGACGAGCUUCUCGACUUUGGGGGAAUCAUGGAAAUGGAGGAGAAAGAGGCAGAGGAAGAGGACGAAGAGGAACAAGUGGAGAGAGCCGAAGCAGAACCCUUUCAAAUUUCGAACUCCACCUCCGCCGUCUCCCGUGACCUUCUCGCUCCUGCAGAAAUCGAGUUUCCUAAUGAUGAUGUGGAAGAGCUGGAAUGGGUGUCUCAUUUCUUUGAUGAUUCGUUCAUGGAGUUGUCCCCGUGCUCCGAGAUAACCGCCCCCUCCUCGAAGAGACCAAGCCCCUCUGCCGACUCCAUGGAAUCCCUGGCUCCCGUCAAAGCCAAGCGGAGCAAGCGCUCGCGAGCCGCCGCUGGGGGAGUCUGGUCCACGGCGGGUCCUCUCGCCCUCCCCGACACCUCCUCCUCCACUUCCUCAAACUCCUGCCUUUCUUCGCCCUCCUCCUCCUCCUCCUCCUCCUCCUCCUGCCUCAUCUACGACUCCGCCGUCCCCGGCUUCGCAACCACCGACCUCGUCCUCCUAGCCGGAACCCCACCUUCGGCGAAGAAAGACAGCCAGAAGAAACGGGGGCGGAAACCGAAACGGCCGAAGCUGCAGUCGGCCGCGGCUGGCGGCGGCGGCGGCGGAGGAGACCGGCGGUGCAGCCACUGCGGAAUCCAGAAGACGCCGCAGUGGAGGGCGGGACCGCUGGGGGCAAAGACGCUGUGCAACGCUUGUGGCGUUCGGUUCAAGUCGGGCCGGCUCCUCCCCGAGUACCGUCCGGCCUGCAGCCCCACCUUCCUCAGCCACGUCCACUCCAACAGCCACCGUAAAGUCCUCGAGAUGCGCCGCCAGAAGGAGGAGAAGCAGCAGAAGCUCCUUUCUACCUCCACGGCCGCCGCGGCGGAGGCGGUGCCCGUUUCUUCUUUCUGACCCACAACGGUUAGAAAGUAGAAAGCAAGUCGAACCGGACCGGUUCUAGUGUACAUUUUGGCCGGCUUUGCUGUAACGGAAUAGUCUUUUAGGUAGGCCUCAUCCAUAAAGCGGUCGGUACCAGACGGUAGCUGGCUUUCUUGUUUGUUUGUUUUUAUCUGGUUAGAUGUAGUGUUUAGCUUUUUGAAUUUGAGAUUAGGUUUUUCAUUUCAGGGGUUAGGAGACCUAGUCCGGGUGCAAUCUAAUUUAGUAUGUAUCCCAAACCGAACCCAGUUAUUGGGGUAGAGAUGGUUCUUCUCUAUAAAACAUCAUCCUUACAUGUGAGAACAUGGUUUCGCUGUGGCUUCUUCUUAUGGUCAUGGUUUGUGUUUCUGUUGGAUGAUGGUCCUAAGGGAGCUGCCGAGCUGGGCUCUAAAAUGAGAAUGAGUGAUUUAUACUCCAGUUGUUUAGUUAUGGAGAGUUCUAAUGUCUCAAUCUUCUAAA